UUCAACUGGAGGCAGACAUAGAGAUGCUGAAGGUGGAGUCUGCUAAACUGAUGGAGAGGAAACAGGAGCAACAGCAUCAGGUGCAAAGACAGUCUGUUUAUCAAGACCGCAUGGAACAGGUGCAAAAAAUGUCAACCUUCGAUAAUGUGCAGUCACUCGCGAAGCAUUUGGACGGUCUUUUCUAUUGGAAAGACCAUUAUGUUAACACAAUGGGUAAGGGACAGGAUGCGGUACACGAGCAGGCAAACGAUCUGCAGAAGUUGCAAAACAAACAUGAAGACCUGUGUGUGUACACUGACACCCAGAUGACCGAGCUCAAGAUCGAGUUGAAGAAGGCGCGCCUUCAAUCAAGGAUAUGGGAUAAGAGGUGUCAAUCCAUUAGGAAAUCAGCGAAACAGAUAAAACUGAAACUGGUAGAGAUAAAGAUGUCAACGCUCAACCUAUAUGAAAUGAUAGACGGAGUAGAAGCUGUUGAUAUCAAUGACACAGAGAAACAGCUGGACAAGAUCGCAAUGUUCAUCAAGGACCAAAAGGACAUAUUGGACAGAUAUACUUCCUCAGAGGCAGAGCAGAGAUGCAGAAGGACAGAGGCUGUGUCAAAAAACAACAUCGACAGCAAGGUAGUCUCACAUUUGGAGAAGAAAAAUGAGGUGGCGAAAAGGAGACUGCAGGACAAGAAAGAUGAAGAAAUACUCCAAAGCCAAGAUGAACUGCACGUACAGGUGGAAAGACAGCAGGCAGAAAAAAAAGCUGAGUCGAGGAUUGUUGGGGACAACCUGCCGGGUUGGGCGCCGAACGACGAGCUACCACCCAUCCGAAAUGUGCACAAGCAGCCCAAAAACAAAUGAUCUGGACCAGCCCGAUCUUUACAUAAGGGUUUACUUCGGGUGCUCCGGUUUCCUCCCACACACUUGCACUUCACUACCUUACUCUCUCCGAUAUCCCCCUUCCCUUUCCCUCUUUUCCUCUCCAUUCAUUUAAAUCUCUUUUCAUUCUCCCCUUUGAGGCUCAGUGGUGAGCACUGAUGCCUCACAGCCAGGUUCUAGUUUUGGCCAGAUCUUUACUUAAGGGUUUACUCUGGGUGCUCCAGUUUUCCUCCCACAGACUUGCAACAAUAAGGGACCACACUGUCCUGCCACAUCACUUCACUCCGUACUCUCUCCAACAUCCCCCUUCACUUUCCCUCUUUUCUUAUCUCCUUUCAUUUAAAUCUAUUUUUAUACUUCCCCUAUACUUUGAGGCCCAGUGGUGAGCACUGAUGCCUCAUAGACAGGUUCUAGUUCUUGCGAGAUCUUUUUGUAAGGGUUUACUCUGGGUGCUCUUGUUUCUUCCCACACACUUUAAAUUAGCAAUAAUAAGGGACCACCCCUAUUUCCCCUGAGGCUCAGUGGUGAGCACUGAUGCUUCACAGCCAGGUUCUAGUUCUGGACAGAUCUUUUUGUAAGGGUUUACUCCGGGUGCUCCGGUUUCUUCCCGCACACUAUAAAUCAGCAAUAAUAAUAAUGAAAAAAAAAAACUUACAAACAAAUGAUCUGGACCACCCUGUCCUGCCACCUCACUUCACUACCUUACUCUCUCCGACAUCCCCCUUCCCUUUCCCUCUUCUCCUCUCCAUUCAUUUAAAUCUCUUUUUAUUCUCCCCUUUGAGGCUCAGUGGUGAGCACUGAUGCCUCACAGCCAGGUUCUAGUUUUGGCCAGAUCUUUACCUAAGGGUUUUUUCUGGGUGCUCCAGUUUUCCUCCCACAGACUUGCAAUAAUAAGGGACCACACUGUCCUGCCACCUCACUUCACUCCGUACUCUCUCCAACAUCCCCCUUCACUUUCCCUCUUUUCUUAUCUCCUUUCAUUUAAAUCUAUUUUUAUUCUUCCCCUAUUCUUUAAGGCCCAGUGGUGAGCACUGAUGCCUCAUAGCCAGGUUCUAGUUAUGGCCAGAUCUUUUUGUAAGGGUUUACUCCGGGUGCUCCGGUUUCUUCCCACACACUUCAAAUUAGCAAUAAUAAGGGACCACUCCUAUUUCCCCUGAGGCCCAGUGGUGAGCACUGAUGCCUCAUAGCCAGGUUCUAGUUCUUGUGAGAUCUUUUUGUAAGGGUUUACUCCGGGUGCUCCGGUUUCUUCCCACACACUUUAAAUUAGCAAUAAUAAGGGACCACCCCUAUUUCCCCUGAGGCUCAGUGGUGAGCACUGAUGCUUCACAGCCAGGAUCUAGUUCUGGCUAGAUCUUUACCUAGGGUUUACUCCGGGUGCUCCGGUUUCCUCCCACACACUUUAAAUUAACAAUAAUAAGGGACCACCCCUAUUUCCCCUGUGGCUCAGUGGUGAGCACUGAUGCUUCGCAGCCAGGUUCUAGUUCUGGCCAGAUCUUUACCAAGGGUUUACUCCGGGUGUUCCGGUUUCUUCCCACACACUUUAAAUUAGCAAUAAUAAUAAUAAAUACAAAAAUUACAAACAAAUGAUCUGGACCACCCUGUCCUGCCACCUCACCUCACUACCUGACUCUCUCCGAUAUCCCCCUUACCUUUCCCUCUUUUCCUCUCCAUCCAUUUAAAUCUCUUUUUAUUCUCCCCUUUGUGGCUCAGUGGUGAGCACUGAUGCCUCAUAGCCAGGUUCUAGUUCUGGACAGAUCUUUACCUAAGGGUUUACGCCGGGUGCUCCGGUUUCUUCCCGCACACUUUAAUAAAUAAGAUUAAAAAAACAAAA